GAGAAACCUAUACCGCUGCUGCAGAUCGACUCCAUACAAAUGUUGAGUCUGUUCUCCCCUUUUCUUUUUGGCAAACAUUGAAUGCAGCAUUACACCCCAAGUGACGUCAAUGGCGUUUUGUUGACAUUAGUUUGUGAAAGACAAAAACGGUGGCGACACGCACUCUGGACUGUAUAUUUUUGGAAACGAAUUGACCGCGAACCCGAAUCAGGCUGAGGAAUGGAGUGUCAUGAUAGAACAUAAUCGCGCGUCUACAUGAAACACGCCACGGUCAAGGCUGUAGCGAAUUAAAAGAAACAAGAGGAGCAGCGAUAACAAAUGACGUGCAAACCUGGGAACAAAACAAACCGUUGUCAGUCACCCUGACUACACGAUGUGGCUGAAUCAUGCAAGCUAGCAAGCUAUCAUGCUCGUAGAUGUUGUGGUCAGAUUGUGUAUCACGCGUUCGCUCCUUACCCACACAACAAGCUACCUUUUUGAUUUUUAACCACACCACUGUUUUUCAGUUGGCGUCAUUGGAGUGUUACACAACUGCUGUUCGCCAGGCAAGCAACAUAGCAAGCUAAUGUUAGCCUAACGUUAGCGUCACAACCAGAGCGUGUCAUCCUGGUAGCUACAUCAUGCAUAGCUGAUGUAUCGAGGCUGCAUUGGUUACAUGUGCAGUGUGUUUACUAUAAGCAUUUAAUUAAUUAAGUGAAUAUAAGAAUGUAAAGCAAAGAUGGCUAAUUUGGAAGCUUAUCGGGAGUACCAGAGGAUUGAGGACUUUGAGGAGGACUCGUCACCAGGAGAGGAAGAUUUACUGCUACAUGUGCCUGAAGGCCUAAAAGAUUCAUGGCACCAUGUAAAGAACCUGGACAAUUUCUUCACAAGAGUUUAUCAUUUUCAUCAAAAGAAUGGCUUCGCUUGUAUGAUGUUGUCCGAGUUCUUCGAACUUGUCCAGUUUUUGUUUGUCGUUACAUUCACAACAUUUCUGGUCAACUGUGUGGAGUAUGAUGUCCUGUUUGCCAAUCGAGCGGUCAACCACACUGAGUCAGGCCAGAAUCCUCUGGACAGGAACAAAGUCACUCUCCCAGAUGCUAUUCUACCUAGUCAACAGUGUACCCAAAGGAUUCAAGAGAACAGUUGGAAUAUAUUUCUUCUCAUCAUGGCGGCGAUCUUCUGGAUUUACCGACUUGUUAAAGUAAUUUGCAAUGUUCUAAGCUUUUGGGAGAUUAGGCAGUUCUACAUAAAAGCACUGAAAAUCAGGAUGGAUGAACUAUGCAACUUCACAUGGCAGGAAGUCCAAGACCGGCUCAUCAGCUUGCAACGAGAACAGCAGAUGUGCAUACACAAAAAAGAGCUCACAGAACUUGAUAUCUACCACCGCAUCCUGCGUUUCAAAAACUACAUGGUGGCAAUGAUUAACAAAUCGCUGCUGCCAGUGGAGCUGCAGCUUCCCCUGCUGGGCAAUGUGGUGUUCCUCACCCAAGGCCUAAAAUAUAACUUUGAGCUCAUCCUUUUCUGGGGACCGGGCUCUCUGUUUCAAAACAAGUGGAACUUGCACCCCAAGUACAAGCGUAAUGGAAACCGCUUAGAGCUGGCUCAGCAGCUCAGUCGAGUCAUCCUGCUCAUGGGUUUGGCUAAUUUGCUGCUGUGCCCCUUCAUCCUGGUUUGGCAAGUGCUGUACGCGUUCUUCAGCUACACAGAGGUGAUCCGCAGAGAACCUGGAAACCUCGGUGCUCGACGCUGGUCUCUGUACGGUCGACUGUAUUUGCGACACUUCAAUGAACUGGAUCACGAGCUGCACGGACGUUUAGGUCGUGCUUACAAACCCACUUCCAAAUACAUGAACUCCUUCACAUCACCACUACUGACUGUGCUUGCAAAGAACGUAGCUUUCUUCUCAGGCUCAGUGUUGGCAGUUCUUAUUGCGCUGACAGUCUAUGACGAGGAUGUUCUGACGGUUCAACACAUCCUCACUGCCAUCACUGUGUUGGGGGUGGUUAUAACCAUCACCAGGUCCUUCAUCCCAGAUGAACAUAUGGUGUGGUGUCCAGAACAGCUGCUUCAGUGCAUGCUUGCACAUAUUCACUACAUGCCUGACCACUGGAGGGGCCAUGCUAACAAGAGUGAGACCCGAGAUGAGGUGGCUCAACUGUUCCAGUACAAAGCAGUUUUCAUUUUGGAGGAACUGCUCAGCCCAAUCGUCACCCCUUUCAUCCUCAUCUUCCAUCUGAGGAACAAAUCUUUAGAAAUUAUUGAUUUCUUCAGGAACUUCACAGUAGAAGUGGUUGGAGUUGGAGACAUAUGUUCCUUUGCGCAGAUGGACAUCAGGCGCCAUGGCAAUCCAACAUGGUUGUCAGAGGGUCAGACGGAAGCCUCCGUUUACCAACAGGCAGAAAAUGGAAAGACGGAAUUGUCUCUCAUGCAUUUCACAAUAAAGAACCCACGUUGGCAGCCGCCACAAGAGAGCUCGGUGUUUAUCAGCCAUCUGAAGGAAAAGGUACAGCAUGACGCUCAGACUGGGCCCUCCACCCAACUGCUGCUCUCUGAGGCGCCUCUCUUCACCUCCCUACAGUCUAAUGAGUCUGCCACUGGGCCUGAGAAUCUUUUGGCGAGUGUUCUGGCCCACCCUGUUCUAACUGCGUCUGGACUACAGGGAGGAGACCAUCGCCUCAUCCCACCAAAUACAGCGGCCUCUGCUGCUGCCAGUGUACUCGCCUCCUUGUCCACCUCUCAGCUUGCAUAUACCAACCGCGGCCACGUACACAAUCUCCUGCCCGCCUCCGUCAACCCUGACAAUGCCAUGUACCGCAGUGAUGGCACCAUCAUUGACAGUAUGACUCGCAGUGAUUCACACGUUCGGAGUAACACGUUGCAGUCGGAGUACAGCUCUGCAGAGAUGAGUCUCCAUGCCAUCUACAUGCACGAGCUCCAUCUGCAGACUUCACACCCACAGAGAAAUCUGGGACAGUGGCAGCAUACAGUGCCAAUGAGAAACUUACACACAAACACAGUCCUACAGCAGACAGAACUUGGCUCCAACCUUCCCGUAACCACAACUGUCCACCUCGGUGGUUGGCAGGAAGAGGAAGAGGAAGAGGAGAAUGAAGAUGAUCAGGAGAUCAACAGCGGGUCUACUCCAAAGCCUGGCACUGGAAGUAGUUGUUGAAGUGCCUUAUGUCAUAGAGGUAUACAGUUGAUUUGUUUUAUUUUUAAACCUUUUAAAAUUGCAAACAUUUUCUAAUCUUGUCCAGAAACAGCUUUUCAUCAUAAUUUUCCCCCCUUUGUUAAUAGUGUUUACACUUUACUUUCUUCAAUGAACAUUGUGGCCUUAGAUGACCUUCAUGAAGAAUUUAGCAUGGACUUUAGAUAUAUCAUAAAAUAACAUGAGAUUUGAAUAACUACUAUAUGUGUCAACCUCAACGCUUCAUCCUGUGACGGCAGACAGACGUUUGGCAUCAGGGAAACCAUGUGUCUUCCAUCCAUUAAAUCAUCAGCUUGACACGGACCUCGUGCAGAAGACUGCAGCGAACAUGUAUUUGACGUAUGAUGUAGUGUAUCCAUAGCAUUCACGUGAUGAUGAGCGAGCAGUCGUGUUCAGCCUUCAUUUAUGCACACCAAGUAUUUGUGAAUCUUAGAAAAAGUUUCACCAUUUUCUAUUUACAGAAUGAUGUCUUCAUCUGAAAAAAAAAACUAAUUUCAGUGUUUUUGGUUUUUUUUGGGUUUUUUUUUUAUUUUAAGUUUUACGUCUCGUCUCUGGGUUAACUGUAAAUACACAUCAUUUAGAAGUACAUAUUUUUCUAACAGAUCCAUACCUUAAAAAGGAAAAAAAGAGUACUGAUGAGUAUUGAAAUGAUAGAGCUGACUAUACAAUAGCUGUACUACAAAAACAACACGUGUACCUGGUAAUAAAAUGCAGUGUACUAGGCAAACAUAUCCUUUCUGAUGCUGCUGCUGUGUAAUUAGAGGAGUUAGAAAUGCAGAUUUGUUUUCAGUAUUAUUAUUUUAUUUUACUGAGCUACGAAGACACAAACAAACCUAACUUGUUGUCCAGCUACACUUGGCAUCACAUUUUCAAAGCAGAUAAAAUGUCAGAGUUGGCUUUCACACCCACAGAACAUUACACUUAAAAUCCAGCGUUUACAGAAAGAAAAAUCUUACCUCUACAGAAUCUACAUUACACAUUUUUACUGUGUUCAGUCACAUCAUUUAUCUCAAUUUUGAUUUCAAUAUCAGGUGUAAAUGGAAACUUAUUUCAUAUCCUGCUCUAUUUAUUGCCCCACAAAUGUAUUUAAAUAUGUCCCAGAAACAUGUAUAGGUAUCUUUUCUUUCUUUAAGCAUAUCAGGCAUGGUAAUAUUUUAAGAAUUUUUUGCUGCAUGCCCCUAAAAUUAGAGCAUGAGUUGGGUUUUAAGACUUUUGAAACAAGAGCACAUUUGUAUUUUCUUAAGAUUUUUGUGUUUUUAGAGUAAGAGCGAUAAAAAGCCAUCAGUCUUUAUCAGUUUCUAUCUUUCAGAGUAUUUAUGACCUGUUUUCCUCCAUGUAUUUAAUUGAUGAAUAUUUUAUUUGUGUUAUUUAUUUGAUUGCUUCUCACAAAGGUUUCACAGAAACUGAAGACGAUGAUUGAAACAAUGUGGUCUACCCCUUUGAAAGAAAGGAUUAAAAAAUGUAUUUUUGAUUUUGAAGUGCAAAGUUAACACGGCCGGCUGCAUGAUGUGUAAUGUAAUUUAAAUUCAAUCGACGUAGGGACAGAAUCUGCCUAAUCCUGCAGUCCGACCAGCUUUAUUUUCUCCAAGGUUUACGGCAAUAAUUUUAUCCUUGUUCUUUUGGAUUGUAUGGACAGGGCAACAGGUGCAGGGCUGAAAUCUGAUUGUUUCUAGGGUUUUCACAGGACUGAAUGAUUUUAUUUGCUUAAUCACAGAGUAGCUGUGGAUUAAUCAACAUUCAUUGUGAUCUAAAUAAUCAAAUUUGGGAUAAAUCAACAUUCCUAAACUUCUCUCUGUAUUGCUUAAAUAGAGACAAUUAACAGCUAGGUGUAAUUGUUUCACACCUUGUUUAUUUGUGACUAAUUAAUAUGAUCGAAUUAUUAAUUUGGUAAAAUGAGCUUGGCGAGGCUGGUCUGACGCAAGCCGAGAGUCUGACCUGAAGUUGAAGCCUCCACAAACUCUGCUUGUAAUGGUGAAGGUGGACAUAGGUGGCAUCAGUCGGGAGGUGUUGGAAAAUUCUGAUCAAUUUCACGAAUUAAUUAACAGCCCUUGUAAAUACAUUUAAGGAAAAAAAAAGUUUUUUGCACUGAAAUAAAAACACCCACUCACAAAGUGCAUCAGUUACAUGUGACGCAGGUCCUGUCUGAACUGAGACACUAAAUGCGUCUCCAUGCUAAAAUGACCUCCUCUCUUGUUUGUAUAUAAGCAUGUACAUGUAAAUCAGCACCUUGCUGCACAGCAGACCAUAUGGAACCACUGUUUGAACCCACUGAAGGUCGAUCUUCCCUGUGGUCAAUACAAGUUUGCCCUGUAGGGGAUGAUUUGUAUUUUUGUCACACACUCAAGAUGUGCUACACGGAUAAUGCUCUUUGUUUAUUUGUGCUCCAUCCCGUUGUGUGUUUUGUUAGGCUGAAAAUGUGUGAACAGGGUUGUUGGUUGUUUUUUUUUUUUUUUUUUUGGAAAGUCACUCAUUUUUUGUGUUGUUUUCAGCAGUGCCUUAGUAUUAAGGAUAAGGAUUCUCUUUGACAAAUUGAUGUGUUUAGCAUUACACGAUGAUGUAGAAUUGUAAGUGUGGCUUUGUGAAUUUAGCUACAAACUGAGUUUAAGGCCUUGUGUCAGCUUGUUGCAUCUGAUAGUGUAUUUCUUGCCAUCAUGUUGUCUAAAAUUGUGCUCUGUUGAAAAUGUAAAAAAAAAGCAGACUAAUGUGGUGACGUCAUGGUUGAUCAUCUCCUUGUAUCAUCAUUUCAUUCUCUAUACACCAGUCAGUAAAUCACAGUGGCUGGAACAAGGUGCUAAUUUUUCACCCUGGACUGUUGACCAUGUUUUCAGAUUGUUUUAGGUUUGUUUGUUGGUUGGUUGGUUGGUUGGUUUUACUUUGUAACAUAAGAGACACUAUUAAACAUGCCAAAAGAACUAA